UGUCAAUGACAUGAUAGAGUCCUUGGCGUCGCAUUGUUUGUUAAGGAAUGAAGUCCAGACUUGACAUUCUUGAACAACUGGAUAUAAGGUGUGGGCAGUGGAGCCGAUAUCGCAGUUUACUUAGACACAGUGGGAAAACAUUUCCAAAAUAUGGUAAAAGGCGUGCGCUUCUGCUUCUACGCUGCCAUCUUCUAUACUGUUUUUGUGCACAGCUCGUCUGGCAUUGAACGUCAAAUUAAAGAGCUAGUCUACAAUAACAAUGGAUUUGGAACGUACAGUUUUGAGUUUGCGACCAAAGAUGGUACAUAUCGCAAGGAGGAGGGUGGUGUUGUCACUAAUAAUGGACGUGACUAUGUCGUAAGAGGUGAAUAUGGGUUUAUAGAUCCAGAGGGACGUCAACAUUUAGUGCGAUACGUCGCCGAUGCCAACGGCUAUCGACCGCAGAAAGAUGAUAUCAGAUUUAAUGAUAGACGGAUUAUUUAACGAUUAUUUAACUAUUAGAUAAAUAAAAUUAUAACUAUUAUAA